AAUAGGGAAAGUUGGAAAUCAGAAACGAGUCGUUGGUGUGCUGCUGGGCUCCUGGCAGAAAAAGAUACUAGAUGUGUCCAACAGUUUUGCAGUACCUUUUGAUGAGGAUGACAAGGAUGAUACUGUGUGGUUUCUAGACCAUGACUACCUGGAGAACAUGUAUGGAAUGUUUAAGAAGGUUAAUGCUAGAGAAAGAAUAGUUGGUUGGUACCACACAGGCCCUAAACUACACAAGAAUGACAUCGCCAUCAACGAACUGAUGAAAAGAUACUGUCCUAACUCUGUCUUGGUGAUUAUUGAUGUGAAGCCAAAGGACUUGGGGCUGCCCACAGAAGCUUAUAUUUCAGUUGAAGAAGUUCACGAUGACGGCACCCCCACCUCCAAGACGUUCGAGCACGUGACGAGCGAGAUCGGGGCCGAGGAGGCCGAGGAGGUCGGCGUGGAACACUUGCUGCGGUAA